CAAAGUCACAAAUCCACUACAGCCCACCCUUAAAAAAAUCCACCUAUAUUCAACAUUCCCAGUUCAGCUUUCUCACUAAAACCCUAAACUAAACUAUAAUCUAAACACUCAGUCACACAUAUAUAUUCUAUUCAUGCAGUACAGUUUCUCUCUUUCUUUCUCUUUCUCUUUUGCUUUUUGGUGACAUUUAGACCCAAACUUUUUAGUUUUGUGUAUAUAUAGAAUCAACCUCAAGAAGUUUGUAUUUGUUUGAUAUAUAUAUUCUGGGCUAACCACUACUAGCUAGUUGGGUGUGUGUGAAAGAGUUCAUAUAUGGCUGACUCAGACAAUGAUUCUGGAGGGCAAAACAACACAAACUUGUCACCGAGAGAGCAAGACAGGUUUUUGCCAAUAGCAAACGUGAGUAGGAUCAUGAAGAAAGCCUUACCAGCCAACGCAAAGAUCUCAAAGGAAGCUAAAGAGACUGUACAAGAGUGUGUGUCUGAGUUCAUUAGCUUCAUCACUGGGGAGGCUUCUGAUAAGUGUCAGAGAGAGAAGAGGAAGACAAUCAACGGUGAUGAUCUCUUGUGGGCCAUGACUACACUUGGGUUUGAAGAGUAUGUUGAGCCUUUGAAGAUUUAUCUGCAGAAGUUUAGAGAAAUGGAAGGAGAGAGAAGUACAGCUGCCAUGGGAGGAAGACCUGGAGAUAGUAGAGAUGGUAUUGGAGAUGGUAGUACUACUGUUGUUGGGAAUAGUGGGAAUUCUGGGGGUGGGAUAUUGUAUGGUGGGGUACAGUCAACUAUGAUGAUGAUGGGCCAUAAUCAUCAUCAGCAGCAGCAUAACUAUCAUCAGAACAAUUAUCAUCAGGGCCAUAUGUAUGGAUCUGGUAGUGCUAGUGGAGCCUCUUCUGGAAGGCCAAGGUAGGUUUUUGUUAAUGGCCUCUUGGAUGAAGAGGGGAAAGAGAGGAAGUAGAGGGGAGUAGAAUAGAAUUGGUUAAAAAUAAGUUAAUUUUGUGUUAAAUCUACUCCUCCUUCCUCUCCUUAAACCAAACAAACCAUAAGUGUUUGAAGAAUAUGAUUUUGUUGUUUUUUUGGUUUGUAUAAUGGAAUGGUGUUGUUGAUUCUAUUUGCUUUA